AUGGGGAGAGGGAAGAGGUCGGUGCUCGCGUCCUUGUUCGGGUUCAAGAGCAAAUGCAAUGGCGGCGACGGCGGAAGGCGGCGGCAGGAGGAGGAGGAGGAAGAGGCGGCGGCGGGGAGGCAGCAGCAGCAGAGGUACUACGGGUACCAGCAGCAGGCGCGGGGGAGGAAGGUGCGGCCGAGCGAUGACGACGGCUACGACUACUACGGCCGGAACUGGUACGCCGACCGCGACAUCAACCGGAGGGCCUCCGAGUACAUCGACAGGGUGCACCGCGGGAUGCUCGCCGGCAGCGAGCAAGACGGAUAG